AUGACCUCGACUACGAUGGCUUCAAGCGGAGGCGGUGGAUUCAUGCCAUCUUCAGUCUUGUCACCGGCUCCGUCAACAUCAACAGUGACGCCAUCCCAACUCCCGAAGCAGAGAUCGCACCCGCUCCGUGCUGGGUCCCAAAAGGAAGCUACGGUGAUCAAUCACGUUGAUAAGAGCAUUCUCGCGAUCAAUCGGCGGCAUGCGAAAAAGUUCAGCAGUGCAUUCGAGCAGCCACCAUCUGGAGCGCAAUCUGGUGGUCUGCCUCACGGGAGCGAUGGACGAAGAGAAGCAGAUCUCGAGACAGAAAAGGAACGAGGCUACGAGAACUUCAAGGAGGUCGCCCGGGACGUCGAGAGUCUUGUCGACGUUCUCUGGGUUAGCGGAACUCCCUCCCUCCAAAUCCCCUAUCUGAUCUCGCUCUCCGUCCUCGUAAACACCUACCUCCCGGACUACCCAUUCGUCGCAAAGCCGACAUUCCGGCUCCUCCGGAAACUAGACUCGUUCUUUGCCUCGCUGAUUCUCGGCGAGGAUAGCGAGUCCGGUCAGCCGCUCUCUGGCUUUGAGGGACGGAACAACAUCGUCUCGAUGACGGAGAAGGUGCGGGUCAAGAGUAUUGCGGAGACGGCGAGGGUUAUUGUGGUUGAGGCCGGGGAAGGGAGGGACCCGGAGGUGGAUGACGAGAUGAAUGGCGAGAGUGAUGAGGACGAUAUGGAUAUUGAGGGGUUUGGGCUGGGGGAGGCGCCGUCGAAGUGGGAGAUGGAGACGGCGAGGGUGUAUGAGAAGACGAUUCAGUUGCUUGGGGAUGAGUUAGGGAAGGCAGGAGAGUUUUGUGAUGAGAACAUGGCUCGUGGUGAGGAGGGGGAUGAGGGAAAUGAUGUGUUAUGA